GCCGGCCAAGUCCAUGCGGUUUUGUCGGCUUGUUCGCCGCCAGUGCAGUCGACCGAGUGCAGCGUAGCCGCGAGCUCAGCCCUGCCGCCGCCCCCACGCCGGGGGAUUGCGAGCGCGGACCCCGCGCGUCAAUCCACGGGCGGCUCCUACCCUCUCCCUCGCCCGGAACAUGGCGCGUGCUGGUGGCACGACGCGGACGGGCGCUUGAGAGCCUACGCCGGCAGCGACAGCAUUCGGCGCCACGCAGCAUGCACAGCCUGUACGGCGACCACCACGGCCAGGGCUACUACCGCUACAGCGGCUACUCGUCGCCGCCGGCGGCGGGCGGCUCCGGGGCCAGCUCGCCCGCACUGCAGCUUUACGGUGCGGCGCACGGCCAAGAGCCGCUGGGAGCGUACCCGGGCCGCAUGGGUCGCCAGCCGCAGUACGUGGCGGCACCGUACGCGACCGGUGCCAUGGCCAUCCAGCAGCAGGCGCCCAAGGACAUGGUUAAACCGCCCUACUCGUACAUUGCGCUCAUUGCCAUGGCCAUCCAGAAUGCGCCCGAGAAGAAGAUCACGCUGAACGGCAUCUAUCAAUUCAUCAUGGACCGGUUCCCGUUCUACAGGGAGAACAAGCAGGGCUGGCAAAACUCCAUACGACACAACUUGUCGCUCAACGAGUGCUUCGUCAAGGUGCCUCGCGAUGACAAGAAGCCCGGGAAGGGCAGCUACUGGAUGCUUGACCCGGACAGCGUCAACAUGUUCGAUAACGGCAGCUACCUGCGUCGACGCCGGCGCUUCAAGAAGAAGGACAGCACCAAGGACGCCGCCAAGGACGAGGCACAACGGAAGACGGCUGAACUGGAGGACAAGAAACCGGCAAUCAAGCAACAGGCGAAUAACGGCCCCAGCAGCGGCCGCACCACCGGCGAGAGUCACCAGGCGGUCACUCCCAAGACGGAGCCCGUGGCCGACUCUUGCCUGCUUGCAUCGUGCAAGUACGAGGCACGACCCCUGACGCAGCCGCUUGGCGAGCAGCAAGGGGCGCUGGCACUUGACCCGUCCUUGUCCGCGUUCAGUGUGGACAGCCUUAUGACGCGCGACCAGGCGGCGGACGAGCUGAGCCACUAUUCGCGGCCCCUCUUCCAGGCUGCCAUGACACCGUGCCCGAGUCCGGCGACCCUAAGCUACACGUGCAGCUCGCCGGGAGUGUACGCCGACAGAGGUGGCUCCACCAGCGACGAGGCCGCGGUAGUCACCGGCACGGACGCCCUACCGGCCGGGCAGCAGCAGCACUACGCAGGUUCCCGGCCGGCCUGGUACACCAUGCAGCAGCAGUUGCUCGACCCCUCCGAAGCGUACGCAGCCUCCAACGGGUUCAGGGAAGCGUACGCAGGUGCGAGUGCCGCGCCAGGAAGCAACAGCACCACCAGCGGCCAGAGUUCCUACCAGGUGGGCUUCCCGCUCAACAACGCUUACCAGAGGUCCUACACAGCAGGCUACGACUGCACCCGAUACUAGGUACUGUGGCACCUCCUCUCUAGAACAAGUUCUUCGGUCGUACUGCGCCGUGCCCGAGGUCUGUGCGUGAUUCGUCUCGACCAAGAGGCUUCUGGAACGUGAACAUUUUGUGUGGAUGUGAACUGGCACGAAUUCAAGGGCCCGUGCUGCGCUUCAGUCUUAGGACGCGUUGCCCGGCCACAAUAAUGGACACGUGCUGCUAGUCUCUGAAUGAAAAGUGUUAGGUAAUGUCCUCAUGUUGUUUCGAUAUGUAUAUGCAUUCAUGUCCUGCUCAUAUUCUGUGGGCGGAAGUGGACACCACUGAGGCGAAGAGGCAUGCUUCUCGCUUCAUUGCGGUCCAAUUCUGCCCAUUGAUGCUUGUCAAGCAUAAUCAUUUUUUCUGCAGGCAGUAAGCGCUGUAUAAAUCUCAUACCAUUAAAAAAUGCAUGAAAAGAAAUGCUAAAUUUCUAAAAAAAAAGAGCUUGUAAGGAAGGCAAAUGGGUGCUUCGUGUGAUGUUAUCGCCAUUUAAUGUCAGUAUCAUCACGCACUACACUCAGAAGAAGUUGUGACUGCUGUAAAACGAAUUUUCCAGAGGGAAAAUGAAAUAAUAAUGUAAAUUUUGUGAGAAAUGUUUUGGGUUUUGCGCUUUCACUCCAAUUAGUCCAGCGAUAUAGUAUGUAGUCGGCAUGCGUAUUCGUCAGAGGCGGUCUACCAUUGUUCCUGUCCGCUAGCUUCCUAACAGUGUGCAUUUAGAGAAAUUCGAACGGGUUUCGCCACCAAUGGUUGAAUUUAAACUGUAAUUUAUACGACUAAUGGGUCGAGGCAAGAGAACAAUUUUGGCAUCAUUAAAACUGAAUAAUAGUUCGAGAUCUCUCAUCUAUUUCGGUCACCCUGUCUUGACAUGUUACCUCAUACUUCAAAUCAAUCGGCGCGGAAUCUGCUAUACAGCGAUAAUCAUUCACCGAAGCUUUUUUAGUGGGGAUAAGGCGAUCACUUCCCCGGUUUGCACGCGAGCCUUCCGCUGUGCUCCCGUUUUUUAAUAACAUCAUCAUAUUUUUGGAAGACAUGUCUUUCGUUGUUGGCUACCUGACGAAGCGCGAGAUGCUGGCCUUUCUUCAAGUCUUAUGGCGCUCGGUAAAUGGAAAUACUGUUCCACGAAACAAGAAAAGAAAAAUGUAAGGAAGGAACAAAGGAAUAGGAGCUUAAUUUGAGCCGGGAGGCGGUAAUGUUGAAUUGAGUCGCACUCUAUACUACCUUCGGCAGAAACAGGCAAGCCACUGCGCGCUUCACUACAGUUGUUGCUGGGCCGUGUAGAUGGGCUCUGUGCGCAACUCCUGGCGUUCCAGAGCAAUGAAGGGUGACCAGAAUGGUUGUUCUCACCAUCGAGAGCUCUCGAGCGCCAUGGAAGCAACAGAAGCCACGCUAGCGGGUUCCAGAGUCAGCUGCUGUCACAAGCGCCGUGGGCUGUAUACAUUUAAUGAAUGUCUCACCUCAUCUCUAACAUAUUCCAGUGCCCUGAGAGCAUCGGCCAAAGCCAGCCUCACGCGCUCGUAGACUGUUGCCUUCCGCCGAGCCUAGGACGACGUGCAGCGUAGGUUUAAAACCCAGUUUGACAGCAAAUGUUUUGGAAGAGAUACACAACAUGCCGCAAAAGAAAAAAAAAAAAAAAGAGAAGUGUCUGAGCUGCAAUAGGCGAGAGAAAUAAAACAUUGAUUCUAAACAGUA